AUGGCUCGGGACCCUUUUGAGCGCUCUGGCACUGCCUCGUUUGUGGCUUUCCCAUUCCUCAUACGAGUACCUACAAAGCACUGGGCAGAUUCUCCAUCUGCUCAAGACGAGUGGAGGUCGUCUCCAGACGACAACAUGCCAACUUGUGUCGCGGCUCAUCUUGAGAAUUCAAAGCUGCGUUUGAUUCCAACUCUCCGCGGCAUGCCGCAAUGGGUUUCAGCUCACCUGGAGUUGCAUGUGCUAACUGCAUCAGCCAUCAAGGCAUGGCCCGAAAUGGAUCCAUCAUCAGUCAUGCUUUGGCAUGUCCUUUUUCUCACAAUCACCUGCAUCUACUUCCUUGUAUUCUUGAUUCUCCCGUCAACUGUCGCUCUCUUCAUCCCUCAACAUGAACUGUUGGGCCAAACCCCGCCGAGGCUCCCACUUGCGCCGCCCUCCACUCUUUUCAUCCCCUAA